UGGUCACAGCUGCUCUGUUUGAAAACCACUUCCGUGGUUUGUGUUUCCCACCGGAAUUUUUCCUAAUUUUUAAGUUUCAAUCGUUUGAAAAUUGUGGCACGAUUCGGCUGGGCUUAAUUGAAUUAUGCAAAAGUGGCUCGUAACUGAGCUUCUUGGAGACAGUCAUUAAUGAAAUGAUUGAAAUGGGAAACAUUUUUGAAUUCGUAAAACGCCAGGCCGGGAAAAAUUGCUUAUUUCUCAAGAUGGUAUUUCGAGUGUUGUUUAAACGUAUUAUUAGGAUCAUGAAGAUUAAUUACGAUAUUGUAAAACCCGAAAGAGUUUCGAGACUAGUGGACUAAAAUUAUUUUGUAGCUCGGGGCCGAAAAUAAUUAAUGCAUAGCAAUUUCGUGACUAUAUGGCCGCCUAUUUCAACCUGCAUCCUGAGAAGGUUUUGGGAGAAGAAUGUGGGGCGAUGUCGGGUGGAAAGCAUCAUUUUUUAUCUCCGAUAAUCUAAUAUUGUUCACGUCGAAACUCUUUAAUGUGUGUAACGGAUGUAGGUGGCAUCAUUCAAAUUCCAACAAAAAUUUCGAUAAAAUAAACAAAUUAACGAGUGAGGAUUAUUUUUAUUGUCUGGUUAAUAAGCUGCGUAAUUUGUUAAGACUGUGGUGUCCACCCUCGUUUUUACUUAGUAUGGACUGUAUUUGUUCGAAACCGAGAGUAAUCCACUGCAAAAUAAUUCUUUUGGAUGAACAAGAGCUAAUUCACGAGAUCGAAGAUUCUUGCACCGGACAAGCUUUACUCGACGUCGUUUUUCGCAAUUUAAAUCUACUCGAAACGGCCUAUUUCGGCUUGCGAUAUUUAGACCAAACCGGACAAACUCACUGGCUCGACCCAGCCAAAACUCUAAGCAAACAAAUUAAAGGACCUGAUCCUUUCACUUUCUAUUUUGGAGUCAAAUUUUACGCCGCCGAUCCCUGCAAACUCCUCGAAGAAAUCACAAGAUAUCAGUUUUUUUUGCAAGUGAAGCAGGACAUUUUGCAAGAGCGCUUGCUGGUGCCCUUUGAGUUGGCGGCCGAGUUGGGGGCGUAUGUGGUGCAAUCGGAGCUUGGUGACUAUGACCCCCGGCGUCACAGCAAAGGCUACGUAUCGGAAUUUCGUUUCCUGCCUAAUCAGAGCAUAGAUCUUGAAACGCGAAUUGCUGAAAUUCAUAAAACUCUAGUAGGUCAGUUACCAUCCGUAGCGGAACUAAACUACCUCGAAAAGGUGAAAUGGCUGGAGAUGUACGGCGUUGAUCUGCACCCCGUUCUGGGGGAGGACAGUGUGGAGUAUUUCCUGGGAUUAACGCCGAGCGGGAUAAUCGUGCUGAGGAACAAAACAACGGUGGGCAAUUAUUACUGGCCAAGGAUUACAAAAAUUUAUUUCAAAGGCCGAUAUUUCAUGUUAAGAGUCAUCGAUAAAAACAACGAUGAAAGCACGUACGGAUUUGAAACACCAUCAAAAUCGGGAUGCAAACAUCUCUGGAAAUGUUGCGUCGAACACCACGCCUUUUUCAGGCUGGUUCAGGUGACCCCAACUACGCCCGACAUUUUCGCACUGGGUUCAAGGUUCAGAUACAGCGGCCGGACGGAGAAGCAAGCCGUCAGAGACGCCCAGAUGAAGGUGCGGACCCCCCCGGCCUUCUCCAGGACACCUUCGCGACGAUACCAAAGACGAGUUAUUGAGGGAAUAGCUGAACACUUGCCAACUGAUGAAACUUACGGACGAUCUCAAUAUCAACCACAGCCACAGGAAACCAAGUUUAUUUCCGUGCCUCAGCCCGCACAAAAUUUUGGAGGUUCACACCCGUCUUUCAAUGCAAAUUCCGACGAGACGAAGCGAGCAGACUCGCCCAGGAGCAUCAAAAGUGCCCCCUGGUCGCAGCCGCAUUCCAAAGGACUUUACAAUAAUUCCGUCCCGAUCAGCCCGCGAUCGGUGCGGUCGGCGGGACCCAGGUACAGGUCCUCCUCACUCGAUAGCCAAAGUUCCAACGAUUCGCGCUCUUGCAAAAAACGCAAACAUCGGAGUAAAUUAACUUCAGACAAUGAGAGUGAAUUGUCGAAAAGCUCCAAUCGAUCACACAGGAAACACAGGAGACGCAGAUCCAAAAGUCGACGCGACUCGGAGUCAGAGCCCGAGUCCGAGCGGAAAUACUCCAGCAAAUUAAGGCAAGUGGACCACCAGUACGAGUUGGUGAAUUCGGACUACCAGUGGCGCGAGGUCCAGAAAAAAUUGUACAACGAAAGCACCGGCAACAGUAUUCAGCAGGCGAAUGUGAUAAGCAGUCGUCGUUCGUGUCAGCAAAUUUACGACGGCAAAAAUGAGUGCGAGAUGAUUUAUCCGAAUAAAGUGCGUAAACACCGCAAACACCGAUCGCGCUCCCGCUCUCCGUCCGAGCCCAAGUCCUGGCUUUCCGACGAAUUGAAAAAGCAUUUAGAAUUCGAUCUUAUCGAUACUACGGGUAUGUCCGACUCUCAGCUGAAGGAAAUUCCUUAUACGGUAGUCCAAACGAAUAAACCUAAACAGAUCAAGCUGAAACCACAAUGGAAUAAGAGCAUUCACGACGAUAAAAAAUGCAACACUCCGCCUCCGCCAUACUCACCUCACAUCACGGAAACGCAUAGAAUACGAAAUGUUUGCCUAGGUCAUUAUAAUUUAAACGAAGAUUUAUCGCCACAAUUGACUUAUAACGGAAAUGAUAACAGCGCGGACGCGGUUCUGCCAAGGAUGUUUAGCUCGCUGGAAGUGGCCGAUUUUCCGAAUAAUUUCAGCCACCACCCCAAGAGCUACAAUCCCGGGCUUGAGCGGCGACAGGAAAACUCCGAUCACCUAGGAAUAAGUCAUGAACACACGGAUUCGGGGCUCGGGACCGAGCAGGACUGCAUCUACAACAGCGAAAAGUCCAACGAACGGAACGGAUUUAACAACGUCGAGGAUUAUUUACUAGUUUCAGGUCCAGAGAGAUUAUCAAAUGUUACUGAACACAAUGCGUUACCACAAGCAAAUUCAGAAGGAGGCGGCGCCAGUGAAGCUACUGCAGCGGUAGAUUUGUCGGAAAUGAGCACCGAGCUGUAACUCAUACUCUAGCGAUCCAAAUAAUUUCAUGUAAUUUUAUUAUGACAUUAAAUUAUAAUAUCAC